AUGAAUAAAGAUGCUAAAUAUGUCGGUUGCCACAUAUUAUUAAAAGAAGUUAUUGUUGUGCGUGAUUUGGACUUGAUAAAAAGUGUUCUCGUGAGAAAUUUUGAUUCCUUUGCUUAUCGCAAAAAAGCUUUCGACAGAAAUGCCGAUCCAUUGUUUGGCCAAAGUUUAGCUUUUAUUAACGGACCAAAGUGGCGCGAGGUGCGUGCAUUAUUGAGCCCCGCUUUUACAUCAAGUAAAAUGCGAGGAAUGUUUGGUCCCAUUGACAUGUGUGCCGAUAAUUUUUCACGUCAGUUUCUGGAUCUUUACAGGGAUAAAGAGGAAAUCGAUACCAAAGAUGCUUUCGCGAGAUAUGCCAAUGACGUUAUAGCUACGUGUGCUUUUGGUGUUGAAGUUGACAGUUUGAAAGAUAGAGAAAACGAGUUUUACGUCACGGGUAGGAGAUGCACUGAUUUCAAGAACAUUCCACUAGCUAAUCUUGUCCUUAUUAAAAACUUUCCAAGUCUCUCAAAAAAACUUGGCAUGAGACUUAUAUCAAAGUCGGACACAGAUUAUUUUAUUAAAGUUAUUACAUCGACAAUUAGAACAAGAGAAGAAAAAGGUAUUACUAGGCCAGAUAUGUUACAGAUAAUGAUGGAGGCACGAGAUACAAAAUCGUAUGAGAGUUUGCUCGACAUCACAGCACAGGCAUUUAUAUUUUUUAUCGGUGGAUUAGAAAGCACUGCUUCUCACAUGUGUCUAAUAGCCAACGAGCUUGCAGCUCAUCCAGACAUUCAAAAACGCUUACAAGAUGAAGUUGAUGCUGCAAUGGAGAAAUGCAAUGGGAAACCAACGUAUGAAGUCGUAAAUAACGAUAUGCCUUACAUGGAUGCCGUUUUUAGUGAGACAAUGAGGUUGUAUCCAGUAAGUCCCAUCCGACGUCUAGUGUCUGAGGAUUUUGAGUUUCCACCGGCCUUGCCAGGCUGUAAACCUUACGUUGCAAAGAAAGGAAUUGAAAUUAUCAUACCAAGUUGUGCUAUAUUGAAGGAUCCAAAUUACUACGAGGAUCCCGAGACAUUCAAUCCAGAUAGAUUUUUGAAUAAAAAAUCAAUAACCUUUGAUAUCAAAAAUUUGGGAUUUGGAAUUGGUCCGAGAAAUUGUAUAGGGAAUCGAUUUGCCAUACUUGAAACGAAGAUUUUGUUUUUGCAUCUUUUAACAAAGUGUAAUCUGGAACUGUGCAAAAAGUCACCAGUACCUUUUGAACACGACAAAUAUAGUUUUGUGCCAAAUGCAAAAAAUGGAUUUUGGUUAAAAAUGAGUCGUAGGCAGUGA